UUCAAUUUUACAUUUCUAUAUCCGGCCGCCAACAGAGAGAGACUCUCUUCGUCACAAUAUAUCCCACAAACCAACACCAUGACGAAGCAAGUUGUGGUGCUCAGGGUGACCAUGGAUGGGCAGAAGAAUUCAUUUUGCUGUGUCAUGGGUGGACACGAGGCCCGCACCAAAGCCAUGAAGAUUGCAGUUAGCGUUCGAGGGGUGGAAGAAGCAUCUUUGAAAGGGCCGGAAAAGGACCAAAUAGAGGUGAAAGGGGAGGGAAUUGACACCGUCGAGCUUACAACGUUGAUCCGGAAGAAAGUCGGGCAUGCAGAUAUCGUAAGUGUGAAGGAAGACAAGAAAGAAGACAAGAAAGAAGACAAAAAAGCUGAAGUAGUUCCGUUGAUGGUGUGCCAGCCGUAUCCUAUGCCUUCCUACCCAAUCUAUCAUCAUGAGGAGCCCUGCGCUUCUUGCUCCAUCAUGUGACUAUAUUUUAUGAAUAGGCAGGCCGGGGAGAUCAGUAAUUUCCAUAUUUUGUCGAUCUAAUGCUUCCUCAGUGGUGGGCGAUGUAUUCAAGCAUAUAUAAAUCAUCACUUUCUCUUCUC